GGGCGUGACCCAAGGGACUAGAGACUUAAGUUCCUCUAGCAUUCUAUAAACCCAAUUACAGCAUCUAUAAACCCAAUUUCCUCCUAGCUUUUGCCACUUAAGCUAGUUCUACCAUCAUUUAGGGGACUUAUUAGCUCUGCAACAUCGCUCGUAAGGGUCCCACGGAGAUAACAAUUCUUUGGAAGCACAGGUGACCGAGGCCACCGUCCCGACCGCACAAGCCUCCGCGGGUCAGGGCCUCACCCCGUCCAGAAGGAGGAUGCGGCCUGCGCAGGAGCUGGUGGUGAAAAACUCUUCCCGCGAAUUCAGGAGCUCCACCACGUCCACCGCGUCCUCGUCCACACUGCCCUUCCGGCUAAGGUCUGCCUUGCUCAGACUCUGCGCCUUCCAUCGGCCGAACUCUGCGCUGCGGUCCAUGAGCGAGCGACCUGGAGUCGGCUCUCUGCUUUGGAACUCGCUUCCUUCUUCAUGGGCGCAGCCAUAUUGCCGCCACGGUGACCGGAGAGGACCAAACUUCCCCACUCGCGCAACCAGGAGCGAGGCGGCGUCGCCAGACGUGAGAACUAAGGAGACGGUUUAACAGCUUCUAGAUCGCCAUGGCAACUGGACAGAAGCUGAUGAGGGCUAUUCGAGUGUUUGAAUUUGGUGGACCAGAAGUGCUGAAGCUCCAGUCAGACGUGGUUGUCCCUGUUCCACAGAGCCAUCAGGUCCUAAUCAAAGUCCAUGCCUGUGGUGUCAACCCAGUAGAGACAUACAUUCGCUCUGGGACUUACAGUCGAAAACCUGCCUUACCCUACACUCCAGGCUCGGAUGUGGCUGGGAUCAUAGAAUCUGUUGGAGACAAUGUGUCUGCUUUCAAGAAAGGUGACAGGGUCUUCUGCUUCAGCACAGUCUCUGGUGGCUACGCAGAAUUUGCUCUUGCAGUGGAUCACACUGUCUACCCGCUGCCUGAGACACUGGACUUCAGGCAAGGGGCUGCCCUGGGGGUCCCGUACUUCACGGCCUGCCGAGCUCUAUUCCACAGUGCCCGUGCGCGAGCUGGGGAAAGCGUUCUGGUUCACGGAGCCAGCGGAGGAGUUGGAAUAGCUACAUGCCAGAUUGCCAGAGCUCAUGGCUUAAAGGUUUUGGGCACAGCGGGUUCUGAGGAAGGAAAAAAGCUUGUUCUGCAAAACGGAGCCCACGAAGUGUUUAAUCACAAAGAAGCCAACUAUAUUGAUAAAAUCAAGACGUCUCUUGGUGACAAGGACAUGGGGGUUGAUGUGAUAAUUGAAAUGCUGGCGAAUGAGAACCUUAGCAAUGACCUGAAGCUUCUGUCCUUUGGAGGACGGGUCAUUGUUGUUGGCUGUAGAGGUCCCAUUGAGAUAAACCCAAGGGACACCAUGGCCAAAGAGACAAGUAUAAUUGGAGUCUCUCUCUUUUCAUCCACCAAGGAGGAGUUUCAGCAAUAUGCAGGCAUCCUCCAAGCAGGAAUGGAAAAAGGUUGGGUGAAACCUGUGAUAGGUUCUGAGUAUCCACUGGAGAAAGCAGCUCAGGCCCAUGAAGACAUCAUCCAUGGCAGUGGGAAGACCGGGAAAAUGAUUCUCCUCUUAUGAGACCUGCGUCACUGGACACCUUCUCCACCAAGUCUCUGCUGCACCCUCUUUAAUCAGUGUUCAUUUGAUUGAGGUUCAUGUAUUAAAAACACGACUUUAGGAAGUAGACACAGUGGAGUGAGAUAAUUGGAGAGAGCCGUGUGCCCAGUGUGGUGUUGACAUGCAUCACAAAACUCUCUUGUUCCUUUUUCUUCAUUUUCUUUGGUUGGAUGUUUUUGUUUUGUGCUUGCAACAGGAUCAUUCUCUGUAGUUCAUGCUGGCCUUGAACUCACAGUGAUCUUUCUGCCUCAGCCUUCUAAGUGUUGGGAUAUUUAACAGUCAUGCACUACCAUACACAGCUUCAUCUCAGACCUUCUUAUCUGAUUAAUUUCAUACCUUUGAAUAAAAUGUACAUAUUCAAAAUAGCCCUCUACUCAUCUUCCUGGGCUUCUAAGCUCACUACUCCUUAGGGAGUCACCUGCCCCCUCAGCCAUGGCUGUCUUGGGCCCUGAAGAUUUUCUGGGCUGAAAAACAUCCUUUUAAAACUAAUGUCAUUUCAGUCUGUAAGCCUCAGAAGGGCAAACAUGAGCAACCCCUGGGUGACCUACCAGUCAUUUUUCCUAACAUUUCUGAGAAUAUCAGAAUGCCGCAUGCCGGUCACCAGCCACCUGCACUCUGGGAGGUCAGCAACCCCAUCCUAGGCCUGAGGUAUUCAGUACGGUCAUCCAGUAAAUGCUUCAUGGUCAUUUAUAGUUUUCUGUAUAUGUGACAUGAGUCUCAUAGUUUUACUCAAAAUUGUAAGUUCACAAAUUUAACACAUUAAGAACUGUCUGUUUUGGUUUUCAUAGUAUCUUAACCUGGAGUAAAUUCUGUAGAAUACUGAA